CUGAGUGUGUUUAAGUGAGCUCUCUGUGUUAGCGGGUCAAUCGUCGUUGGUUCCGUGUCGUCACCUUUGACUCUUACUUAGGUUAUGGCGGCGGUGAAAUAUAAGAUUAUCAUCAAAUCACCCAAUGACAAAAUACCAAGUCAAGCUGUUGAAUGUCUUCCUGAAUGGAAGGUGAAAGACCUGAAGUCCUAUCUGUCGGAGCAUCAUCCUGCUCGACCGAAUCUUUCGUCACAAAGACUCAUUCACGCUGGGAAGCUUUUGGGAGAUGACCUGACGAUAUCCAGCAUAUGUGAUAAUGCUGAUGGCUUCCAAACUAUUCACCUAGUGUGUCCCAACCCGAAGCCAUUGGCUUCUACAGACGUUAUGUGUGGAAAAACAGAUGAUAUCUGGUCUGAUAUAUCACCUGAGCAGUUGCACGCGUAUCAACAGGCAUAUUAUCAAUAUUUACAAACUUUUUACAUGGAGUGUCCUGCUAAUCAAACAGACCAUUAUAUGCAAAACUGCUACUGGUCGUACGCUUUUGGAACAGGGGUUGCACCAUAUAUGCUUCCUGGAAGUCCGGACUUACCCAACGUGUUAACAAGUGCACCACAAGUAUCAAGCCUCCCUACCCAGGGAACACUAAAUGACUCAUCUAAUAAUUUUCAACCUUUGAUGCAGAGAGCACAAGCAUUUUUAUCUAGUUGGGCAGUUUCUAACUCUAAUCAGCGCCAGCAGGAAGCGAAUGAGGCAGCUCCGAAUGAAGAUGCAGUGAAUGACCAAAGAGCUGAUCGUGGCGAACCACAAGUUGCUCAGCAAGUUAUUGUAUUUGAUAAUGCAAUGAGAAAUAAUGUUCGACAAGAUGAAGAGGGUGAAGGAGUGGAAAACAUGGAUAUUAUCGAUCGUUUUUAUAUGCUCUUCCGCCUAUGUCUUUUUGUGGGGCUCUGUUUUGCAUAUUCAUCAUUAGACAAGGCAGUCAUUGUGUUCUCAGUGGCUGCUUACGUAUACAUAUAUAAUGUUUAUCGAAGAUAUGCAGUUGCGGAGCGUAUUAUGCAAGCGCGUCGACCACAACAAAACCAACAAAUUGAUCAAGGCAGUUCAAAUAAUCCAGUCAGCGAAUCAGAUAGUCUGCAGAACCAAUCAGUUAAUGAGCCCAGCUCCUCAGAAGUACAAACGCGUGCUAACAUGCUUAAUGAACGAGAACCAAGACUUACAAGAAUAACUGCAAACCUGCGGACAGCAGCAAGCAUAUCUUAUCAGUUCUUUUCAGCGUUAAUUUCUUCAAUUAUUCCGGAACAGCCACCACCUCUUCACUUGGACUGAAAGCUCACAUAGUUUCAGAACUAACAGACAUAAUGUUUGAUUUCUUUAUUUCAGAGAUACUAAUAUUAUAAUCAUACACUCCUUUACCUAACUUUUUAUUUUGGUCCUAUUCAAUCGUUGCGUCACGAGGUGCCUUUUCAUUUAUUGCUUACAAAAUAAUGGACAUAAACAUACAAUAAUUCGUUUGUCGCCUACUUCGAAGGCACUCUUUAUUCUUCAAAUAUAUUUUACUUUUUGUGUAAAUGCUUGUUUUGUAGAAAAUCUAUCAGCGUAGUAAAAUCUGUGUUC